GUCGGGCCAACCGCGUCUUACACGCGCUCGCUCAAUCGUGCCUGUGCCCGCCACAUGCAGGUGCCCCCCUGAUCCCAGUCUGCAAGCAACUGCAGGGGGGGUCCCAAGGGUACGGGUACGGGGUACAUAGCAAAGUACUCCGUACCUCCCCGAGCUACCCAUGCAGGCGCACAGACCAUUUCGAGAUCUUGUGCCUGAGCAGAGAAGACAGUCGAUGAUUGCAUCGCCGACGCAUGAGCGAGCGGGUGGGCCUGUUCCGCCCAAGAAAAAUCCCCAUCCACACCACACAAUUAGAUUGGUGACGAGCUUGCCUUGCGCGCGCAGCCACCAACAUGUCUGCCUCGCCCUCAUCCCCCAACAACCAGCCGACGCCAGGCGAUGAGCAGGCGCGCAGGGCCGCCAUGGAGCGGUACGCCGAGGUGUCGCUGAAGUCGGUGCCGCUGCCCGAGGGCGUGGACCCGAACAAGCGCGCGACGGUGGGCGAGGCGUUCAAGACGAUCAAGAGCGACGACAUCCUCAAGGUGCACCAGGCGCCGUGCUCGCGGGACGGCUUCAUCACGGGCAUCGGGUCCGGCGCCGCCGUCGGGUUCCUGCGGUACAUCAUCGGAGCCCCAGUGCCCAAGUCCGCAAACUGGGCCGUCGGGUCCGGCGUGGCCAUGAGCAUCCUGGCGUACGAGUACUGCCAGUACAAGCGGCGGGUCGAGCGCGCCAACAUGAAGCGGGUCGUCGAGGUGGUCAGCAAGAAGCAGGCCGACCUGAGGAAGAAGGAGGAGGAGGAGCAGCAGAAGAAGCUGGCCAGCCGCGCCGAGACGGUCGCGGCGGCCGGCAGCGGCGGCAGCGGCGGCGGCAACGGCAACGGCAAGGCUUGGUACAAGUUCUGGUAGAGCACCCGCCCCCCGCCCGACAGCAAGCGAACCGCCUCGCGAGCGUGUGUGUGUGUGUGUGUGUGCCCGCCUUGGAGCAUCCCGGCGUCCGCUCGCCCGCCCGCCCGAGUCCGCAUAUCUGACCAGGUCUGCACGCGAGGCAUCGAUAGCUCGUGCGAGAGGGAGCCCGAUGGCGGCGGCCGGGGGGGUCGGCGGCGUCACAUCGGCAGGCCGCGGCAGAGAAUGCUACCAGCUCCGCUGCACCCGCGAGGCCAGGAGGCAUUCAAGAUGUAUCACAGUGUGUUCUGGGGCGGAUUGUCGCCUGAAACUCGGGCACAAGCCAAGCGGGAUGCGCCGCUGCUUGCAUCAGACAGCUCCACCGGAUGCCGUGGCCUUGCAUCUCGAGUGGAAGGGCCUAUUGACACAACACUGGCCAUGACGCUGGAAUCUGGCCGUCUUGGAACCUGGUAUGGGGAUGAAACCUGUGCGCACGUGCGAGCCGAGGCCUUGGGCCAUCGAGAGAACUUUGUCGCCGCGCGAAGUUGUUCCAGGGGGCAUGGGCAACCACACGCCGGGGCAUGGCAGAUUUGACAGGAUUGGGUAUAUUGAGAAGCCAUCGCUAUUGCUGGAAUCACUCAAACUUGCGUAUGUACGUAUAUAACGCCGUGCCACCAUCUCGAGCCAAGAAUGUACAUUAUAGCCCCAUGCGUGAUUCCAUCGCCUCGAUCCUUUCUUUGCAAGGAGCGGCCCUCCUGUUCCAAAGCAACGCUAUCAGAUGUUUGUAACGCCCCGUCCCGAGACUUGAUCCAUUAAACGCCAAUGUCAUAUCAAAGAUGCUUCCUUGACUGGGCCCCCGCCGGCCACAAAAAAAGACCUGGAACAAUGUUCUGCGAGCCACCAUCCGUCAUGUGCUAAUCAUCUUGCCAGCCUCACUGUCCGUGAAACGGACCUUCCUCGCGUUCUCGGCCGCCGCGCUCUCCUUGCGCUGCGUCUUGGGGGCCCUGUCCGGGCUGCCGCGGCGCCUGGAGCUCCGGCGGGCCCUGGCCUCCCUCUCCUCCCGCUUCUUGUACUCGGCCAGCUGCUGCCUCCUCUUCAUGGUGCGGGCGUAGGCGAUGGCGGGGGUCGGCUUAAACCCGAUGCCGUUGAUGCCGACACCGUCGUCGUCCUCGUCGUCCGGGUCGUAGACGGUGAUCUCGUCCUCGUGCCAGGUGAGCGCCGCCCGGAUGGGGUCGAUGACCUGGGCGGCCGCGUCGCCGCCGGGCUGGGUGUCCGCGCUGGCUAGCUUGCUGGCUGAGGCGACGAGGGGUGGCGUGCCGGACCGCCGGCGGCCUUUGGUCUUGAGGCUCUCGAGGGCGCGGUUGUUGGCAGCCGGAGGUUGCUUCGGUUGCUUGCUCGAGGGGGCCUUGGCGGGCGCAUCAGCGAGGGGUGGUGCACUUUCGGGUGUGGGUUGGGCGCAGGGAACGUUUGGUCUGAACAGGACGUGACGGUCGCCUGGUGGAAACGUUACGGUCUCUGGGCCAGCAGCCGCCUGCGGCUCGGUCCUUGUGGUGGCGGGUGUCUCUGGGAUCUCGUCUCUUCUGGCGGAAAGUUGAAGCUGGGGCUGGGGCUGGGGCUGGGGCUGGGCGGCGGGGGAGAGGGCGUGGUGGUUCAGCUGGGGUGGUUCAUCCGAGGGUCCUGAAGGCGGGGUGAGUUUUGAUCUUUUGCGCAUCUUGGACUCGUCCUCGUCGACCUCCAUCUCGUGCUCGCCGCCGCCGUGGGUGGUGUGGCGGCCCGGGUCGGGCUCGGUGUCGUGGAGGAGUGGGCCAUCUGCCGCGGCAGCCCCGCCCCCACUAUCGGCCAGGGCCAAGCCCCGGAACCUGUGGGCGACCUUUGUGCGCGGGCUGUCGCCGCCGUCCGAGAGCAGGCCCUGCGAGACGUCGAACGAGAAGUGUAUGUCGAUCUGGGAGGGGACGUCCCCGCCGGCGGCAUCAGCCCGCUUCCUUUUUGGCGUGCUGAAUGUUGACUGUGGUGUGUCGUCCAUGGUUUGCAUGCAGUGCAGUGCAGGGAGUUUGUGAUGGUCGACCCCUUCGAGACUGUUGGAGACGGUCGGGCCAGCGGGAAAAGGGUCCGAGGCUCAGUCAGGCUGUGUGGGGUAAUAGCAAUGAUGCCCGCAAGUUGAAAUCCUGUCUCUAGUCUACUCGAGGUCGUCACCUCCCGCAGACUUCGGGGUUCGAUGUGGUGAGGGCAGAUCUGGGUUGGAUUGUUCCUGGAAGCGCAGUGGACAAGAAUGGACAAGAAUGAAGGAGAGGCAGCAGUGUGGGGCUGGAUCAUACAGUCAGUCAGUCGAGGACGUCCCAACUCCGAGGACAUGGACGAGCCUGAUCAGGAGGAGCCUCAACGUGGGCCAGUAGACCAUUCAAAGUCACAAGGCACCACCAAGACAGUCGCUAUCGCUAGCUCCUCGAGCUUCCACCCCGUGCUGCCUGCAGCUGGGCAUGCCAAGCUC